GCCACUUCUGGAUCAAAAGAGCAGUUGGCCGUUUAGAUGCCGCUGAUUUCUAUCUUUACAUGAUACAUUUCCAUGCUGAGGCCCAAAUCUGAUUCAAAAUGUCACCCAAACAAAGUCUAGAGGCCGAACGCCCGCAUGAGGCCAGACAAGCAUUAUCACCGAGUUAUCACAUCGCCAAAACAUCGUUGACCCAGCGGGUCCAGACUCUCGCCCUGGCCAUCUUCCUGGCAUGUUGUUGCUUCACCGUGACCAAUGCGCUCUCGUCCCACGAGCCCCUCAGCAUUGAGGACCGGGUGAACCGAAUCCUGUCACGCACGCCGUUGAUCGACGGCCACAAUGAUCUGCCUAUUUUCGUCCGUGAGAACUUCAAGAACCGAAUCUACCAGGAGGAUUUCACGGCUCCCUUCACCCAGGGCGGAUUCCCAGGCCAUGUCGACAUUCCGCGGCUGUCGGAGGGCAAGGUGGGCGGCACGUUCUGGAGUGUCUUUGUGGGGUGUCCUGCGAACGGAUCUGACUUCUCAGACGACAACUAUACCAAGAGUGUGCGCGAGACGGUCGAGCAGAUCGAUGUCAUGACCCGCCUGCAGCAAGCCUACCCCGACACGUUCUCCACGCCCCCCAACGGCACGACCGCACGGCAGGCCUUUGAAGACGGCAAGAUUAUCUCGCCCCUGGGCGUCGAAGGCCUGCACUCGAUCGGUAACUCGCUGGCCUACCUGCGAGACUUCCACGCGCGGGGCGUGUCCUACGCGACCCUCACGCACAACUGCCACAACCGCUACGCCGACGCGGCCGUUCUCAGCACGCCCGACGGCGGAGUGAAAAAGGCCGAGCCCCUGUGGCACGGCGUCAGCCCGGCGGGCCAGCAGCUGGUGCUCGAGAUGAACCGCCUAGGGAUGAUCGUGGACCUGUCCCACGUCAGCGCCGACACAAUGCGCGAUGUCCUGGGCGCGGGGGAAGACGGGUGGGCGGGCAGCCGCGCCCCGGUCAUAUUCAGUCACAGCUCCGCGUACGCCCUGUGUCCCCAUCCGCGCAACGUCCCGGACGACGUGCUGGACCUGGUCCGCGAGCGGAACUCGAUCGUCAUGGUCAACUUCUCACCGAGCUUCAUCGCGUGCGUGGCGUCCGACCAACCGGACGGCAUCCCCGACCCGGAUCCAGCCCACGAAACGCUCGCGCGGGUGGCGGAACACAUCGUUUAUAUUGGGGAGCGUGCGGGGUUCGACCACGUCGGCCUCGGAAGCGACUUUGACGGCAUUCCCACGGUGCCCCACGGCCUUGAGGACGUGUCCAAGUUCCCCGCGCUGGUUGCGGAGCUGCUGCGACGCGGGGUGAGCGACGCUGACGCGGCCAAGGUGGUGGGGGGGAAUCUGCUGCGGGUGUGGGCGGAAGUCGACCAGGUUGCGCUUGAGAUGCGCAAGGAGGGCGCCCUUCCGGCAGAGGAUGAUCUCUCGUAAAUCCCGCGUUGGAUCUACCAUGUCUAAUUUUUCUUGAUUUUGGUUUUGGUUUUAUUUUCAUUUUUAUUGGAAGAAAACCAGACCCGUAAGCCCAAAUCAUCUACCAUCAAGCAUUAGUCGUCACCGUUCUGAUAUCCGGCCGUGUAUCGAAGAUCAGUGUACACGCUGCGAAGCGAAGUCUAUCAAACCCAGGCAAAAAAAGAAAAAAAGAAAAAAAAAACCCCCGCAUCCAACAUAAAGCAA